UGUGUGUGUGUGUGUGUGUGUUAUGUAUAAUGUUGCUGAGUAAUAUGGCGAAAUAUAUUUACGCCUAUCUAUCUUACAAGAUGAAAAUUUUGAAUGGAAUCCGAUUUAUCAUUAAAUCAUAAAAAUCUGAGUUCACAAAGGAAAACCGUUAAGCAUAAUUUUCGAAAAGAGAAGAAUUAUUUUCUCCAUAGGCACCAAAAAAAAAAGGUCUCAGAUGAACACCAAAUACACAACUAUCGUUUCAAAUUUAUUUAUAUAAAACUUAACUUGAAUCGUUCAUAUUGUCAUAAAUAGUAAUAACAUUUGUAAGAAAACAUAUAUUUUAUGAGCUGUGAUUAAAAAGAUAGAGAUUCAGCAAUAGCAAAAAUUCAGAUGUAAUGACUGAUGGUAAUCAAGGAUUUAUUGCCGUUCAUGUGGGGGCAGGACGACAUUCGCAAGCUCUUAAAGAGAACUAUCAGAAACUAUGCCGACAAGCAUGCAAGGCUGGUAUACAGAAUUUGAAGUCUGGUGGUAGUUCAUUAGAUGCUGUAGUUGAAACUGUAAUAGUAUUGGAAAACUCUCCCUUAACUAAUGCUGGAUUUGGGUCCAAUCUUACAUUGGAAGGAACAGUAGAAUGCGAUGCAAGUGUAAUGGAUGGUGCUACAUUACAAUUCGGAGCAGUUGGCGCAGUUAGCGGAAUAAAGAAUCCUGUUUUAUUGGCAAAACGAAUUUGUGAACAUCAGUCAAUUAAAAUUGCAUAUGGCAGAAUUCCACCCAGUUUCUUAGUUGGGAAUGGUGCACAUGUAUGGGCACGAGAAAUGGGAAUACAGCCAUUAUCUCCAGAAAAAUUAAUUUCAGCAAAAGCACGGAAGAUAUAUAAACAUUAUAAAAGGAAAAUAGAAGAUUCUAAUGCAGAGAGUUAUAAGUAUACUAAACAAAGAAUGGAUACAGUCGGAGCAGUAUGUGUUGAUAAAGAAGGAAAUAUUGCCGGAGCUUGUUCUAGUGGUGGUAUCAUUCUAAAAUAUCCAGGAAGAGUAGGACAAGCAGGAAUGUGGGGAUGUGGAACAUGGGCUUAUAAAGACAAGUAUUCUAUAGGAACAAGCACCUCGGGCUGUGGAGAACAUCUCAUUCGCACUUUGCUAGCACGAACAAUUGCAGAAGCCAUAUCACAUAAUACUUGUCCUAUUACCAACUUAUACCAUUCUAUGAAAGCUGAUUUUAUCGAUUCGAAAUUCUUGUGUGGACUUGAACAAAAACUUGGAGGUGUUAUUGCUAUUCGAUAUGCCCCUCAAGAAGGAGUAGGAGAUUUCCUUUGGAGUCAUUCUACAAAUUCAAUGAUAAUAGGUUACAUGAACUCGAAUGAACAGACACCAAUGAGUCACAUGGCUGUUCUUCCACCUCAUGAAGUUGGCAAGAAAGCGAUUGUCGAAGGAAUUUGUUUUAAAAUUACAUAAUACAUCAAUAAAUUUAUGACUCAUGUGACACGAUAUUAUUUUAUAAGAUGUAUAAAUUUUAUAAAUGAUUUCGUAUUUUUUAUGUUGUAAAAA